UAUAUAAAAUAUGGGCCACCAAGCACCUCUAAAACUUCCUGUUUUGAACCUCUCAAAUGAGUACUUAAAACCUCAUACACCAAAUUGGCUCUCCAAUUGUGAUGAAGUCCGCCGUGCAUUGGAAGAGUACGGUUGUUUCGUGGCAGUUUACGACUCGGUUUCACCAGAGCUAAAUAAUGAUAUAUUUCAUGCACUUGAAGAAUUAUUUGAUCUUCCCACAGAAACAAAAAUUUGUAACACUUCUGAAAAGCCAUUCUAUGGCUACUAUGGACAAGUCCCUGAUAUGCCUCUUCAUGAAAGCCUUGGCAUUAAUAUUGGAGAUGCAAUGACUGAUGAAGGAGUUCAAAAUUUUACGAACCUCAUGUGGCCUUGCGGAAAUGACCACUUUAGUGAAAUUAUUCACGAGUAUGCAAACAUAGUAGCUGGUUUGGAGAAGAAGGUGAAAAGGAUGGUCUUUGAGAGCUAUGGAGUAGAGAAAUGCUAUGAUUCGCUCGAAAAAUCAACCACUUAUCUUCUUCGAUUAAUAAAGUAUCGAGCACCACAAUUAGAUGAAUCAAAUGUUGGCUCCCAAGUUCACACUGAUAAAACUUUUUUGACCAUACUUCACCAAAACCAAGUAAAUGGUUUAGAAGUGAAGACUAAAGAUGGUGAAUGGGUGGCUGUUGAUAUGGCUCAUGCUAAUUCAUUUGUUGUCAUGGUAGGGGAAGCAUUUUUGGCAUGGAGCAACGGUAGAUUGCAUUGUCCAGAACACAGGGUGACAGUGAGGGAAACCGAACCAAGGUACACUGUGGCACAUUUCUCAUAUAUCGACGGAAUGAUAGUUAUACCAGAAGAGCUUGUUGACGAGAAGCACCCUAUGAGGUUUAGACCAUUUAAUAACUUCGAAUUAUUGAAUUUCUUUUCCAAACAUGCAGAUGAUCAAAUGGAAUACACUGUUAGAGCCUUCUGUGGCAUUUGAACAUUUAAUCAAAUCCAUCGCACGAGUGUUUUUGUGAAGCUUUAGGCUCACGAUUUGCUCAUUGUAAUCUUUUGCCACUGUAGAUCUAAUAAGGCAAGUUACAUGAAGAAUUUAAUU